UCUCUUACUUUCCCUCCUCUCAACCCAAAAUCUCUCUCUCUCGUUACCCAGAAAUCCUAAUCCUGAGUCUCGGCCAUCAAACCCAGAAUCCUCACAUUUCUCAUUUCUUCCCUAAUAUUACCUACCAAACGACGAUUUCUUUUCCAAACUACCCCCCCGCCAUCCCUCUCUAUCUACCACUCUACCAACCAUGGGCCAAAGCUUUAGUGUGAUACGGCAAAGCUUGAAGCGGAAGCGGGAGCCAGAAUCCGACGACCAAAACGAGCCUCGCAUGGUUCUCGUCGUCGAAGGCGCAAACGAAGACGUCCAAUCAAACUCAACCACAAGAAGAAGCACCUCGACUUCCACCGCUGCUCCAACCCUUCCCUUGUCUUUUGAACCUUGUUGGGAUCACGAUGUCUUUUUAAGUUUUAGAGGUGAAGACACCCGCAAAAACUUCAUUGAUCAUCUCUACUGCGCCUUGGUAAGUGUUGGAAUUCGUACCUUUCGAGAUGAUGAGGAGCUUCGAAGAGGGGAGAACAUAUCUACUGAACUACUUAAUGCGAUUCGUGGAUCGAGAAUUUUUAUUGUGGUUUUCUCCAAAAGCUAUGCUUCUUCUAGGUGGUGCCUUGAUGAACUUGUGGAGAUUGUGCAUCGUAAGAAUACCGUAGGCCACACUCUUUUUCCUAUAUUUUAUCACGUGAACACUUCAGAUGUUCGAAAACAAAUCGGAACUUUUGCUGAAGCAUUUGUUAGGCAUGAAGAGAAGUUUCAGACCGAUAUGGAGAAAGUGCAGAGGUGGAGAGCAGCUCUUACUGAAGCUGCAAAUUGUUCCGGUUGGGAUCUUGAAAGCGUUGCAAAUGGGUAUGAAUCAAGAUUCAUCAAAGAGAUUGUUGAAGAAGUUUUGUGUAAAGUGAACCCUGCUCGCUUGGAUGUUGCCAAACACCCAAUAGGAAUGGAGUCUCGUGUUCAUCAAAUUAAAGAUUUAUUAAAUCUUGGAACACUUGAUGUUCGUAUUGUGGGCAUUUACGAAAUGGGUGGAGUGGGUAAAACAACUUUAGCAAAAGUUGUCUAUAAUGAAAUACGUGUUGCAUUUGAAGGAAGUAGUUUUCUUUCAAACCUUAAAGAAAGUUUAGAAAAGCCCAAUGGCUUAGUUCAUUUACAAGAACAACUUCUUAAUGAUAUCUUGAAAACGAAUUUGAAGAUUGGUAAUGUUGAUAGAGGAAUUAAUAUAAUUGAGGAAAGAGCUCGUGGAAAAAAGGUUCUUGUUAUUCUUGAUGAUGUUGAUGACUUUGAAAACUUACAAGUGUUAUGUGAAAAGCAAUGGUUUGGUCCUGGAAGUAGAAUCAUUGUAACAACUAGAGAUGAACAUUUGCUAAGUCAAUUGGAAGUAGAUGAAAAAUAUAAAGUAGAAGUAUUGAAUUAUUGGGAGUCUCUUCGAUUGUUCAGUUGGCAUGCCUUCAAGAUGGCCAAUCCUUCUGGAGAUUAUUUAGGGCUUUCGUCUGAAGCAGUGCAUUAUGCUGGAGGACUUCCAUUAGCUCUUAUCACUUUGGGUUCUUUUCUCAAAGGAAGAAGCAUUGCUGAUUGGAAAAGACAUAUUCCUUGA